CCUCAAACACCAUCCAAAAGUCCAAACAUCUCUUGCAUAUCAGUCACAUCUCCUCACUUCAAACUCACCCUAAGCCAACCCCCCCACCCCCACGCCCACCUCUACCCCACCUAAAACCAAACCCCAUAAACCCUCCAAAUAGUUCUUGCUACAAUAUGAUCAGAAAACUUCAGACUUUACAACAACACAAUGUAUCCAUUCAAACUCCCAUUAUCUCCUCUGCUUCUUUUGCUACACAUGCUUCUAUCUACCACCACCACCCCUUCUGUCUCCACCAAUCAACAUGCAUCAAAUAUGAUCAAGAAUAUCUCACCACAACCAAACAUGAACCCCCAUGAACUAGAAACACUUUUCAACAUCAUGGAAUCCAUUUCCAAUGACCAAAAUUGGAGGACCUCAUAUCCAAAUCCAUGCCAACAAACCUCAUCUUGGCUUGGUAUUGAGUGCAAAAAAAACAAUCUUGAUGACAUUUACCAUGUCACUAGGCUUGAUUUUGGCACACAUCCAAACCCAACUUGCAUGAAAACGGCAACAUUCCCAUCACUCAUUUUCCAACUCCCAAAUCUUGAAUCUGUUUUCUUCAUCCAAUGCUUCACACACACACAAACCAAAAUCACUUUUCAAGAAAACAGUACUACCAUCCUCCCCUCAUCAACACUCCAACAACUAAGCUUAAGAUCAAAUCCUGCACUAAUUGACACAAUCCCACCUCAAAUAUCAUCACUAAAAUCACUCCAAAUCCUCACAUUGUCACAAAACAAUCUUUUCGGUCGAAUCCCGGAACAAAUUUUCACACUUAACUCACUUGUACAUCUUGAUUUAAGCUACAACAACCUCACAGGCAACAUCCCAAACCAACUAGGCAAUCUCAAGAAUCUUGUUGGCUUAGAUUUAAGCUACAAUUCAUUCACAGGUCCAAUCCCAGACACAAUUGGAUACCUUACUACUCUUCAAAAACUCGACCUCAGCGCGAACUCCUUCACUGGAAAAAUCCCUGAGACAAUUAUAGAGUUAUGUUCUUUGAACUUCUUGGCUCUGAGUAACAACAAGUUAAGUGGGAAUUUCCCUAAAGGACUAAAUAAGUUACAAGGCUUGCAAUAUUUUCUUAUGGAUGAUAAUCCAAUGUACAUAAAACUACCUAAAGAAUUCAGUCAGCUGCAGAAACUUCAAGAAUUGAGGCUUGCAGGUUCAGGUUACUCAGGUGAAAUACCAUCAAGUUACUCACAACUACUUAACUUAACUACAUUGUCACUACAAAACAAUCAAUUAACAGGCGAGAUUCCGGUGGAAUUUACGAGGUUUUCACACAUGUACCACUUGAAUUUGAGCAGAAAUAUGUUGUCUGGUGUUGUCCCAUUCAAUUCAAGUUUCUUGAAAGGACUUGGUAGGAACUUGGACUUGAGUGGAAAUCCAGGGCUGUGUUUGGAUCCACAUGAGGGGGAUAAUGGAAUUUAUCUUGGAGUAGUUAAUGUGUGUGAGAGCAAGAAUAGUAGUAGUAGUACUAGUUCUAUAACUAUGCCAUUGAAGAACAAGUCUAAAGCUUCAUGUGGAGUAUUUAGAUUCUUGUUUGUGCUUUGUAUAUUACUAUGGCUUUGUUGCAUCCUUUAGGAUAAUUGUUUGUUUAGGAAUUUAGGCUUGGUCGUAUUAUUGAUUCUUUCUAGUAAAAGACACACCCCGUCUCAAAA